AAAGUCAAAUUCUUCCAAAUCAAAAUCCCUAUUCUCUCUUUCUUCUUUAGAAAAACAGCAACGGGGAAGCAUACCCCUAGCAUCGCUGGUCCGCCAAAUUAGCCUUCAGUGCGCAAAACCCCUAGCGUUACUCAUCCUCCUCGUUCAAAAUCCAUUACUAAUAGAAUAGCAACAGAGGUUUGGAGUUGCAAUUCGCAUUCACUCUAGUUCCCAAGGAUGAGUUUGGAGGAGAGAUUUGAUAUUGUUAGGAGCAUAGGGGAAGAGUGUAUUCAGGACGAAGAGUUAAAGAAUCUAUUGGCGAAUAAGCCUCAGCCAAUAUGCUAUGAUGGAUUUGAACCCUCUGGUCGGAUGCACAUUGCUCAGGGUGUUAUGAAGACAAUUAAUGUUAACAAGUUGGUAUCUUCGGGCUGCAAAGUAAAGAUUUGGAUUGCAGAUUGGUUUGCUCAACUAAACAACAAGAUGGGUGGGGACUUAAAGAAAAUUCAAGCUGUUGGUCAGUAUCUGAUUGAGAUAUGGAAAGACGCGGGAAUGAAUCUGGAGAGUAACAAAAUUGAGUUUUUAUGGUCCUCUGAAGAGAUCAAUUCUAGAGCUGAUGAGUACUGGCCACUUGUUUUGGAUAUUGCACGGAGAAAUACGCUUCGUAGAAUAUCGAAAUGCUGUCAAAUCAUGGGUCGCUCUGAACUAAAUGCAUUGACUGCUAGUGCUGCCCAAAUAUUCUACCCAUGCAUGCAGUGCGCAGACAUAUUUUUCCUCAAGGCUGAUAUCUGUCAAUUGGGAAUGGACUAGCGAAAAGUGAAUGUGCUUGCAAGAGAAUACUGUGAAGAUAUAAAGAGGAAAAACAAGCCCAUCAUUUUGUCUCAUCACAUGUUGCCUGGCUUGCAGGAGGGUCAAGAGAAGAUGUCCAAAAGUGAUCCGUCAUCCUCCAUUUUCAUGGAAGAUGAAGAGGAAGAUGUGAAUCUCAAAAUAGAGAAGGCUUUCUGCCCACCCAAGGUUGUAGAGAAAAAUCCGUGUCUAGAAUACAUCAAGUACAUCAUCCUUCCCUGGUUUAAUGAGUUCAAGGUGGAGCGAAGUCUAGAGAAUGGUGGUAACAAGACCUUCUCGACUUUCGAGGAACUCGUUACUGACUAUGAAUGUGGUAGCGUGCAUCCUGCUGACCUUAAACUUGCUCUCUCAAAAGCUCUGAACAAGAUCCUGCAGCCCCUGAUGGAAACUCCAAAUUCGUAACAGUAAUUUAACGUAUAUUAGUGAGGAAGAGUGCAGAAACGGGGAAGAAGAAAAGACAGACGAGGCUCUUUGAGAGGCCACCUUUAUUCUACUCCCUACUCUUAUUUAUAAAUUUCCAUCAUGGGCCGGCCUAAAGCUAACAGCCUGUGCGUGAUCAUUUCAAGAACAAUUUCAUGGCAAAGGAACUUCUUAUGAGGAUAAAGAAGCAGUCAUCCAUGGAAAAUCAAGAGCCCCAGUUGGAUCCUUUGGGAUCAGUAUCCUUGCACUCAUCCUCUAGCCCGUGCAAUUCCGAGUCCCAGCUGAUAUCUUUCAAUUGGGAAUGGACCAGCGAGAAGUGAAUGUACUUGCAAGAGAAUACUGUGAAGAUAUAAAGAGGAAAAACAAGCCCAUCAGUUUGUCUCGUCACAUAUUGCCUGGCUUGCAGGAGGGACAAGAGAAGAUGUCCAAUAGUGAUCCGUCAUCCUCCAUUUUCAUGGAUGAUGAAGAGGCAGAUGUGAAUCUCAAAAUAAAGAAGGCUUUCUGCCCACCCAAGGUUGUAAAGAAAAAUCCGUGUCUAGAAUACAUCAAGUACAUCAUCUUUCCCUGGUUUAAUGAGUUCAAGGUUGAGCGAUGUCUAGAGAAUGGUGGUAACAAGACCUUCUCGACUUUCGAAGAACUUAUUACUGACUAUGAAUGUGGUAGCUUGCAUCCUGCUGACCUUAAACCUGCUCUCUCAAAAGCUCUGAACAAGAUACUGCAGCCUGUGCGUGAUCAUUUCAAGAAUGAUGUCAAGGCAAAGGAACUUCUUAAGAGGGUUAAGAGCUACAGAGUUGCCAGGUAAUGCAAAUGGACACAAGACAUUCAUCUUCAAACCCUCUUAGUUUAGAGCAGAAAACUAGAUUUUUUUAUUACAGAUUAAAGAUGUUUUGCUUGGUUAUUUUGGAUUUUCUAGACUUCUGGAGCGUUCUGCGUUCACAUUUCAAGCUACAGAAAGGGCAACAUUUUUAUUUAUGAAGUUGUAGGAUCAACAUAACGUCAUCUAUAGCACCACAGAAUAUACUAAAUUGACUGGAUGGAAUUAUAAAGCGAG